GACAGUUUGAAGACCAUAACAGAAGCAAGUGUCCGGCGGUUUGCUGAAUGUAUAGUUAAAUUUGAGCGUUUCAUUUACACUCAGUCCUCGUGUUCCAUAUCAAAGACAGCGACAGUGUGGCAGCAUUUAACAAAAAUAAGAACGGAAACAAAGUCGAAUGAAAAACUGCAAGCAACAGUUAGCAUUUCACAGCUCGACUGGCAAACAUGGCAGACCACUUAAAAACGGGUCAGGACAGUACACCCACGGAGAUGAUGAGGACUGGUAUUCUCGUCAGUAUACAGGGACGCCGUGGUGCGCGCCCAUUAAGGUGAAACAUGGCCAUGUGACUUGCCGCACGCCCAGAGGAGAGCAAUACAGGAACGUGAUGGGAACACGCUGUAAAAUCCGCUGCAAGCAGGGAUAUGAGAUCCAGAGUGAGGAGGUGGUGUGUAUGGCCAGCAAACACUGGUCGUCUAACUACGCCUGCAGAGAGAUCCGCUGCCCAAAGCUGAACAUGCCUGCUAACGGGGGCUACAAGUGUUCAGACGGCUCUUACUUCAACUCCCGCUGUGAGUUUUUCUGCUCCCCCGGAUUCAGUCUGAAGGGCCAGAAGACAACGACCUGUCAGCACAACAAGAGGUGGAGUGUGGAGGUUCCUACAUGUGUCGAUAUGGAGCCACCUAAAAUGAAAUGUCCUACUGUAAAAGACAAAUGGGCAGAGCCAGGAAAACUGACAGCCAGGGUGACCUGGGACACACCAGAGGGAGUGGACUCUGCAGACGGAAUCCUCACAGACGUUACCUUGAAAGGGAAACCUUCAAAGUCAGACUUUCCGGAGGGGCUUCAUAAAUUGUCCUACACUGUGUUUGACCGAGCGGGGAACAAAGCAACCUGUCGCUUCACUGUCAGAGUGAGAGUGCGACGGUGCAGCCCACUCUUCCCACCAGACAAUGGGUACAUGAAGUGCGACAGCGACGGAGACAACUACGGCGCCACCUGUAAUUUUAAGUGCAUCGGUGGAUACGAGCUGCAGGGCAGCGCUGCCAGAGUGUGUCAGUACGGACUCACCUGGUCCGGCACAGAUACCACCUGUACAGCCAUGAAUAUUAAUGUGGGAGUGAGGACGGCCGCGGCGUUGCUGGACCAGUUCUAUGAAAAGAGACGCCUGCUCAUCAUCUCAGCUCCCACAGCGGCCAAUCAUAAUUAUCGCUUCCAGAUGACCAAUCUACAGCCGGCUCAGUGUGGACUGGACCUGAGACAUGUCACAGUCAUUGAGUUAGUGGGAACUUAUCCUGCACAGAUCGGACGGAUUCGACACAGGCUGCUGACCCCGGCGCUGGCCCUGCAGAUCAGGUUGUUGCUCCGGAUCUCUCAGCGAUCCUUCCAGAUGGUGCUGUUGGACAAACAGGGCAUCGACAAACAACGAUAUCCAUUUCCAAUCACGGCAGCUGAACUCUUCACCACCAUUGACACGUUCCCUUUGCGCAAGGAUGAGAUGGUGCUACAGCAGGAGGCGGGGCAGACCUGUCAAUCAUAGAACACUACUGUGCAAUCACAGCCUCAGUCAAAGUCUCAACAGGAUGACAGUUUGAACUCUUUUAGUUCUGUAUACUAUGGUGUGUGUGUUCAUGUGUGGCUGAUUGAGUGCGUGUGUGUGUGUGUUUGCGCGUGUUUGAUAUGGUGCUGAUCUUUUUUUGAUCCCUCAGUUACACCUUUCACCAUGUUUUAUUCUUAAUAUAAAUAUUUUCACAUCCAAAUAUGUUUUACUGUUUUGUACAAAAAAGCCUUUUUAUUGUAUGAACUAUAGAUCUUUUACUUGUCUCAUAUUUAUGUCUCCUCCCAGAUAAAUGAUGAUAUAAACUGUGUAUGUGUUAUGUACAGUUAAUUUGUAACAUAGACACUGAUUAAAAACAGUUUGAAGUUUGUUGCAUUA